UAACACCAGUCAAUCAGCAUUACUUGUUGUGACUCCUGAAAAGAAGACUUUCAAAAAUAAUACUGUUACUCAAAUAAGGACUCCAAGAUUUCAAUCUUCUCCUAGUAGACGCUUACGAAGUGAAGACAACAUCGGAAAUGAUUUUACUCAAUCAUUUAUUUCAGGUUCAAUGCAAAAGGAAAAGAAUGAUAAAGAAGAACGACGUCAGAUUCAACUUCAAAAGAAAAGGGAACGAAGUCGAUCUAGUCGAAUGAAUGAAACAGAAGAACAACGCCAAAUUCGACUUGAGAAGGAGAGAGAACGAAGUCGAUCCAGUCGAAUGAAUGAAACAGAAGAACAACGCCAAAUUCGACUUGAGAAGGAGAGAGAACGAAGUCGAUCCAGUCGAACGAAUGAAACAGAAAAACAAAGGGAAAUUCGUCUUGAAAAGAAAAAAGAACAAACUCAAUCCACCCGUACAAACGAAUUGGAAGAACUGCGUCAAAUUCGCCUUCAGAAGGAGAGAGAACGAAGUCGAUUCAAUCGAACAAAUGAAUCAGAAGAGCAACGUCAAAUUCGACUUGAGAAGAAAAAAGAACAAAGUCGAUCAAGUCGAACGAAUGAAACAGAAAAACAAAGGGAAAUUCGUCUUGAAAAGAAAAAAGAACAAACUCAAUCCACCCGUACAAACGAAUUGGAAGAGCAACGUCAGAUUCGACUUGAACAACAAAAGAAACGAAGUCAAGUAAAUAGAACUAAAAAGAAAGUUGAAAAGCCGAACAAUGAAAAUAUUAGUACUGGACAAAAUUUUAGUCAUUCUAAUUGGCCUGGACCAAUUAGUCGCGAUUUAAAAGACACUCGGUUGCAACAAUUUUUAGAACAGAUGUCCAUGUCAAAAUUGGCUGAAGCUACUUGUGCAGUUUGCAAUAUCCGUACUUCAGCAAAAGAUGCGAAGAAAAUUCCAAUCUCAAAAAUUCCUAAUAUUGAGUUACUUAAAGUUUCUGAAGAACUCAAAAGUCUAAUUAGAAAUUCAACCGAAAAUACUUCCAUCUUCAAUGGUAAUGAUAAUAACGGACAGACGACAGCGCAUAUUAAAAGUAUAAUAUAUGAUUAG